AUGAUUGAGGCCCACGACGGCACUCCAGUAACAACCGAAGAUGAACUACGCUGGUACUGUCGGGUGCGAGCAAUCAGAACUACAUCACUUGUGAGCGAUCCGUUCGUAACUGGUACCGGGUAUCUGAACUUCCAUAAUGUGAUCUGUGCCGACCCGCGGUCGGAUGUUCGCUGUAGCAGCCCAGAUGUGCAACUUGAGGGCCACGAGCUUGGCCACAGGUCCCAGCGUUACUGGUGCUACCCUGUCCAUGACUUCUGCUGGGAACUGUUAUGCUACCGAGUCGACACUCAGCUUAGCAUCAGUCCCAAGAAGAUUGCCCAUCACCUCUUUGCACUCUUGUACAAUACCCCGACAGAUGGCAGCGGGGCCCUGUCGCUGUCUCCUCGCCACCACUACGGUGAAGCAGGCCCCUUUCAGCACUUGCGAGAAGAGGACUUCAGGGGCAAUCUCUAUAACUCGGACUGUUUCUACUUGCAGCAUGAUCCCGACGAGGAAUUCGAGUUCGAAUUUGAGCCAGAAUUGGCCCUUGAGUUCCGAGAGGGCUUCUCAUUACAGGACAUCUCAGAUCACGGCAGCGAAGACACACGAGAUGCAUUACGCAGCUUGCCGAGCGAGAUAAUAUACCUGAUACUGGCUAAUCUUCCCUCCAGUUCUAUCUGCAACCUCCGUCUGGCCUCUCGCAUUGUGGCCGCACUCGCGAAAAAGCCCUACCUCCCUCAGUCGUUUUGGUCAAGUCGUUUCGAGGGUGACUUCGAAAUGGCAUUCGUUUUCGCAAAAAGGAGGACCGAGAUACCGCCAGGUCUGAACGAUUGGCGUCAGGUCUACCUUCAAGUAGAGACCAUGCUGAAGUCCUCACGAUUGACGUAUCCCGGCUUACGGAACAGGCGUCACAUCUGGUGUAUGCUAGGUCAUAUACUUCCUGCACUCAAGCUACGCCUCGCCAAUGAGAGCGGAAUAGUGGACGCACCAUACAGUCACUGUGACGCAUUGGUUGAAGGGAAAAUUCAAUCCGGCGAAGUCGCCGGAGAACUCGAUCAUGGGUCUACGCCGCCUGAUCUAGGGGAUCAGAGUGUGUCUUCACCUUUGGAGCUGCGUAAAAGGUGCCGCUUAUUCGAGAGGCAUGCCUUGGAUUGGUCCAAAGCUCCCAAAGAGAUGCCCGUCCAACUUGGAAUUUCUUUCCUCCACCACGAUGAGCGGAGUUUUAUCAGCGGUCUGAGGUUGUUGUCCAUUUCUGGUGCUUCUGAAUUUUCCAGAGCUGGUUACAUCAAUCGGGAAGAUGAACAGGUGAUCGACCUGAGGCCGAGUGAUGCCUUCGUCAAAGCUGUCGAGUUAAAUGUGACUUGGGAAGGACUUGUCGGCUUGCGUCUGAUUUUGGAGAGAAACGAAAACGCAAUGUCCUAUUCAUUCGGUAAUAUGGAUGUAAUCGGCUUCGAGAGCGGCAUUGCGAAGAUUGAUUUUACUUGUUUGUUGAGUCAAGCUACGUUCUUGGUUGGCCUUGAUGCCUGUAAACUCGUCUCGCUCAAGCUAUUUAAGCACGCUUCUGGCGAGCUACUGCCAAUAACAGAGUCUAGCAGAAGGCUCAAUGGCUGGGUGCGCUACCCCAGCGACCCAGAGGAAAAUGCGCCCAUCCAGAUAUGGAAUCCAAGGAUGCCAAAAGAAACCGAAUCAAAACAGUGGCAUGGACUUAUGCCUCAGCCGCAAACCUUCAACCUGUUCCUUGAUAUGGACUUCGGUGGACCCAGUGGGGAAUGUCUUCCGUCACUAUGUAUGGUUACUGCAUUCAUGGGCGAUCAUCCUAGAGUCCUGUUUGGGUUUUCCUUUUCUUAUGUGGACGGCAAUGAGCGACAUUUUGGUCAUAAGCACUAUGAUCAUCUUGGUGUCAAGCGACAUUGCGUCACCCAGUCGUUCAUCAUUGCCGGAAACAAGGGAGAACUAAUUGACAGGGUCAAUGUGGUGUACGACAAACUGAAGGAUCUAGUUCAAGCCGUCGAGCUUGUCACGAACUUUGGCAGACAAACGACAUUCCGCUUACAUGGAAAUGGGGCGUAUUCUGACGACUCUCAUCGUUCGAUAACUACGACAAACGGUUCGGGACCAGAUUCGGCUAUCACAUCAUUCCUAGUCAACUUGCAGUCCCAAGGUGGACAUAUUCGAGAUUUCGCCCUGCGCAACGUUAAAUAUCCGACGAAAAACGCAAGGGACUUAUUGCAAAAAGUAAUGCAUCCCUUGGAGAUGUCUCAGACUAUCUCAUCCGCUAAAGAGAUGUUGUCAUAUCCUGGAGGUCAUGUCGUGACAGCCGCUAAACUUACAGGCCUCCGGGCGAUUCACCUCUCAAAAGGGGAUACUGCAUCGUCGCGCGGUUUACAUCAUAUUUCAGGCCUCAGGCUUGAGUAUUCCAAUGGUGAUUACCCCUUGAUAAUGGGUCAAUGGAUCAAUCAAUUCGCAUCCAUGGAGCUUGAUGCCGAUGAACGUCUGACUCAGAUCACGACGUGGCAUGAUUAUACCAACAGGUUCAACCGCGUUAAGUUUGGGCCGACUAUCGGUAUGUCAUUUGUUACGUCGAAAGGCACAAAGAGGGAAUUCCUACUCGACAAACUUGACAGCAAGUUGUGUCUGAAGUACCAAGACAACCCCUUCCAGACGAUAAGCAGCAUCGGUUGGGUUUACAACUAUCAGUGGGAUCAUGUGAGAUUUCUCUACCAACCCACGAAUAAAUACAGCACCCUUAUCUAUGGUCCGACCUAUCGCGAAGUCCCUGGCUACGUUGUGAUGGACAGGCUAUUUCUGCACAACGCAGAGUCUGAUGGUAGCUGUUCCCCCCUGGGGUCUAUCGAGGUUACCUUCAGGCAUAUGGGCGAUGAACCAGUUGGAAUAUCCUUCAUAUACCGAUCGGGACGAAUGAGCACGAUUGGUGUACGCGGAGAGCGUGGAAUAUCUGAGGAUUUGGAAGAAGACGAGACGUUAACUAAACUAGAGUUUGGUGUCUUAAGAGCAAACAGACUGGGCUCUAUUGUCUUCUAUACAGACAAAAACAGGAAACUGACGUUCGUGCCGAAAACCCGACGGCCUUCGCCCAUCAAUGCCAUCCACAAGACCGAAACUCACAUUCUUCACCGGCUCGCAUCUGCUCCCGCGUCAGACAACGAAGUCGGGACGGACAGGAAGCAUGUUGCCAGCAUGCCGGACGAGGUGGGCGGAUUUGUGGGCAUAUGGGCCAUACCCAGACGGACUGACGGCAGUCUUCGAUACCCCAUGUUGGGGACGAUCUUCGAGAAGACCCUGACAGGAGUGCCAAGUGGUGGCUCUAUUAUUGAAGAUAGUUAA